AUGGCAGAUCAAACCAGUAAUGGUGCAAGCGCAUCAUCUCGCCAGCAUGAAAUUCGACAACUCACCAAGUCAGACGACGACAUCAAGAAAGCAUGGCAACUGUGGCAGUCCAUCUUCCCCGACUGGUCCAUCUCCGAGCAAAGAUUCACAAAACUCAUCUUCGGACUUCCCGGAUAUCACUGGAUUCAUGACAAUGGACUGUGUCUAUCCUACAUGCUCGACGGAGCCACCUCUUUAACUGAUGGCGCACACGGUCGAAUCGCCGCUAUUGGAGUACUAUCAGAUCAUAGAUGUCAAGGGAUUGGAAGUGCUCUUUUAGAAAAAGCCAAUAUUGGAAUGAAAGAUGCGGCUCUAUCUCAGGGUAGAGAGUUGCAGUCUUUGGAGAUGGGAUCUAUCUUUCCACGAUUUUGGUGGCAGAUUCCUAGUACAAUGUCCAAAGAAGUCAAGGAGUUCUUUUCGCACAGAGGUGUUUAUGAUUCUUCGCAUCCUAUUAAGGAUCUUUACAAAGAUAUUACCGAAACGAUUGCUCCGCCAGAGAUAAUGGAGCGGGUAUCAAAGACAAAGGUGACAUUCGCUCCUUGGUCGGCAGAAUUGUAUGAAGAAUGCAUGACCAAACAAAAGGCCCAAUUCAGCUGGUCAGGCGUCUACAAAGCCCUCGCCUCUCACAACCAACACGACCAAGUCCUCGUCGCCUUCGACCCAGAAACAAAUGAGCAAAUCGGAUGGACCCUCAUGUGUUCCCACGACUCUUUGGUGGGCGACAUGUUUGCCUUCCUACCACUCCUUCCAUCUGGCGAUAAAACAGGUCUCAUCGCCGCCGUAGGAGUCGACGAAAAAGCAAGAGGAAAAGGUGUUGGUCUAGCCCUCGUGAUCAAAGCAAUGGAAACCUUGAAAGAGAAGGGAAUGUCUGGGAUUCUUAUCGACGCAGUGGAGAUCCAAGGAUUCUACGAAAGACUCGGCUUUGAGACAUUUUGGGAGUACGAGGGAUGUCGGUUGGAGAUGCCGUGA